UCUGGCGUGCGUCCCGUUCUCUUCUUCCCUUCUUCCCUUGCUCUCUUUCUCCUUCUUUCUCCUUUCUUCUGUACUCGUAACCAUGUUUUCGUACAUGGAUCUUUGCAUUUUUGCAUUUGCCAUUAUUGGCCUCGUACGCACCCUCGUCUGGAUUUGGUCCAACAGCUGGCUUGGUAAGCGUAUCCGCCCCCCUCCACCUCCUCCUCCUCCAGUCUUGGCCGAGAUAAAGGUAGUCCUGGAGGCUAUCCUACGGAGGAUGGACGAGAUCAUCACAGAAGAUAGGCACCAGCGUGCCAAUCCUCCUGAAAUGGAGGUCGUAGCAACGCUACGACCUCGUUACAGGACCCGGGCUAAUAGUGCUGCAGAAGGGUCCCGGGAGCCGACCCUGUAAAGGGCUCCCGGCCUUGACGACUGAAGAUUCAUUGAAGAUUCACGAGAGGUCGGCCGGCGAAGUCGAACUCUCACCUGUCCGUGGUGCCGGCUA